GAGCCGCUCCGCGCCGCCGCCAUGGAGACGCUGUACCGCCUGCCCUUCGCCGUGCUCGAGUGCCCCAACAUCAAGCUGAAGCGGCCGAGCUGGGUGCACAUGCCCUCCGCCAUGACCGUUUACGCGCUGGUGGUGGUGUCCUACUUCCUCAUCACCGGAGGGAUUAUCUAUGACGUGAUUGUGGAACCUCCCAGCGUGGGGUCGAUGACAGACGAACACGGGCAUCAGAGGCCGGUGGCCUUCUUGGCAUACAGAGUAAAUGGGCAAUAUAUUAUGGAAGGGCUUGCAUCCAGUUUCCUCUUCACAAUGGGCGGCCUAGGAUUCAUAAUUCUGGAUCGAUCCAAUGCACCAAAUAUCCCCAAGCUGAAUAGGUUUCUUUUGCUCUUUAUUGGAUUUGUCAGCGUGCUUUUGAGCUUCUUCAUGGCCAGAGUUUUCAUGAGGAUGAAAUUACCGGGCUACUUGAUGGGUUAGUACCUCUUGUGAUGUAUGAAAGCCUGAGCUGAAUUUACUCCUCUUCAUGAAGUGUUUUAAGAAGAAGCAGCAAGAAACAAAUUCCAUAGUCACCAUCAACAGGAAAGACACCUGGCCAUGAGAAACAACUGGGGAAAGAGUGCUUUCUCUGCAAACAAACUCUCACUACCAGUGGCUGAUUUGUAGUUUUUGAAGCAAUGUUUUAUCAUUUCGGUGUUAGAGCUUUUGAAAAGAGCAAGUUACCUAGCUGGGUUUUUCUUUUAUAUCCCAACUCAGUAUGAAACAGAGAACCUAUCUUUUAGCUCUACCUGAAAAGAGUAUCAGCCAUUGGCUUGACAGUUCUUUGUUGCAGGUCUGUCUCCUCUUCCCUUUGCGGGACAAUUACAUGUGUGCAUCGGAGAAGAAACACCUGAAAUGUUUCUUUCCAAGUUAUAAUUAGAAAACUAGUAACUUUGGAUACUUUACAGUUAAAUACAAUGUGUCUGAAAUGAUUUCAAAGGCACCUUUUGCCUUGAUAUUAAUGGCUCUAUGUGAGCAAAUCCAGACAUGCACUGGGAACGGCAAACUGUAUGAAUGUGCGUUUCUUUUUGAAAAAGUGUACGAAAGGAGCCAAAUAAAACUUAUUUUCUACAAAGUUA